AUGCGUUGCAUCAAGAACAAGAUUGAGCACAAUGGAUCGGGUGCUGUUACGUUAUGCCCAGACGAGCCCGAAGACAUGUGGCAUGCAUACAACCUAAUUCGGCCUGGUGACAUUGUCCGAGCUAGCGCAAUCCGUCGCGUCACCACAGUUCAAGAUACCGGGUCCACAAGCUCAGCACGCGUUCAUCUCAACCUCGUCAUCCGCGUCAAAAACCUCGACUUCGAUCCGCAGAGCUCCCAGCUUCAUGUCUCAGGGCAGAUUAUCAACGAGACACAGCAUACGAAAAUUGGCCAGUUCCAUACCCUUGAUCUAGAGUUAAACCGAAAUUUCACAUUAGAGAAAGAGGCUGGCGCCAAUGGAGAAGGUGUUGGCUGGGACAGUAUUGCCAUUGAGUCACUGAAGGAUGCUGUGGACGAAGGUGGAAAGCGUCGCGCAGAAGCCAUCGCCGUGGUCAUGCAAGAGGGUCUGGCUCAUAUCUGCUUCAUCGGCCAGUUCCAAACGAUAAUGAAGCAAAAGGUUGAAAUGUCCGUGCCCCGGAAACGACAGGGAGGAGGGGAUCACGAUAAGGGCAUGAACAAAUUCUACAAAACCACUCUCGAAACACUGCUUCGUCAAAUGGAGUUCAACACCAGUCUUACUUCAGGAGCUAAUAAUGAAGCUGUGCGGCCCGUUCUUCUUGCGUCGCCCGGGUUUGUCGCCGCUGGUUUCCACAAAUAUAUCCAGUCAGAAGCAUCAACAACGACUCCCGGGCUCAGGCGACUUCUUCCCAGCGUGGUCGUCGUGCAUUCCGCGUCAGGAUACACGAACUCACUAUCAGAGGUGCUACAAUCACCCGCGGUGAAGACACUUCUAGCUGAUACCAAGUACGCCCGCGAGACGAAAUUGAUGGAUGAUUUCCUCGAUCAAUUACGAAAGGAGACCAACAAAGCAACCUACGGUCCACGUGAGGUUGAGUCCGCGGUUGACCAAGGUGCUGUCGGUCGCGGUGGAGGCGUACUAAUUGUGUCAAAUCGUUUGUUCCGGUCACAGGAUAUCGCUGAGCGUAAACGCUGGGUGACGCUUGUGGAUCGAGUUCGUGAUGUCGAGGGCGGCGAUGUGCGAAUUCUUAGCUCUGAUCAUGAAAGUGGCAAACGUCUCGAAGGGCUCGGGGGUAUCGCUGCACUCUUGACAUUCCCCAUCAUAGAAGAAGAUUUAGAUUCUGAUGCAGAAUAA